UUUAACAUACUCUGUGUCCAAUACUAUUCCUUUGAUAACCGCGAGGUACUUGAUUGCCUGCCUUACUUCCAACCAUUGGUUCUCGAUAGCGGUUGGGCCGUGAUGUGGCUGAUUGGUUGUUUGACGUGUGACACGCAUACAAAGGCCAAACAGCGCCUCAUUAUGGAUCUCGCUAAGUCUAAAUACUCCUCUCUCCAUCACUUUCGUUCUUACGGCGACCUUAACAUAGUCACCGCCGCGAUUGAAGCUGACCCUUACCAGCCUGGUGCGCAAUACGAGCCCCGCUUUUCAGAAUAUUCCCAGGAUGACCACGACAGAGGCUUGCAGGGGACUCCGCCGGAUCGUCCCAGUCGACGACGCUCCCGACGACGCGACGAUCGAUAUUAUCGCAAUCCACGGAUUGGGCACCGAGUCGCCGCGGACAUGGGAGUUUAAGAAAAGAAGUGGGGAUGGGGUUGUGAACUGGCUGUCGGACGGCGACAUGCUGCCGGCAGCCCUACCAAAGGCCUGCAUAUAUACGUACGACUGGAAUGCAAACUACUUCGCAGAUGCACCCGUGCAGACGCUACUCGGCCAUGCCGAUACGCUACUCGGUCUUAUAGCCGAAGGCCGUGGUUCGCAAACGCGACCGAUUAUCUUCGUCGCCUCUUGUUUUGGAGGGCUUAUUCUGGCCGAGGCAAUCAUCCGAGCCGCCCAGGAAGGCAGCGCCUAUAAACAUAUCCUGCUUUCCACUGUCGGCAUCGUGUUUCUCGCCACUCCAUUCCAGGGUAGUGAUGCUGCGAAGCAGGCUCGGUGGCAGGUGCUGGUUAAAGGCAUUAUGGGAGAGCAGGCCUCUGACCAACUCAUAAAAGACCUCGAGCAGAGCCACGACUUCGUCCACCAGCGCGUUCAGAAGUUCGCCGAGAUCGCUAAUGCUAAGGCAGUGCAACUGCCCCUGAGUUGCUUUUUCGAGACUAGGAAGACGGAGAUGUUAAGACGCAUUCUAUCGCCGGGGUGGGCGAAGCGCCUGUCAAGGAGUGUUACCCGCAAGAUUCUUGUGACGGAGUCUUCGGCCUGCCUGCAUGGUUUCCCUCGCCAAGGCUUGGAUGCGACCCAUUCAGGGAUGAACAAAUUCCAAGGUCCAGAAUGUCCCAACUUUAAAUUUGUUAAAGAUGCGGUCAGGAAACUCGCUGGAGACGCAUCGGUUGUUUUAAAACUGCGGAAGAACUCUACCGUGAAGGGACACUGGAUCGUCCGGUUCGGACGUAAUAAGGAAUUCGUCGGGCGUGAAUCAAUUCUCGAAGAUCUUUUAAGAGGGUCUGGGGGUUGGAAAGACGCAGAUCGCGCUGGAGACCGCUUAUCGCAUUCGCGGCGUGCAGCCGGAAUGCUCGGUCUUUGGGUUCCCGCUGUGGAUGCCACCGCUUUCGAGAAUGCAUACCGCGCUAUCGGCCAGCAGCUUAAGGUACCGGGAAUCGACGAAGAAAAAGCAGAUGUUAAGGCACUUAUUAAGUCCGUAUUGGGCCGCGAGAGUAUGGGUAACUGGCUUUUGAUUAUCGACAACGCCGACGAUGAAAAGCUACUCUUUGGGGAUACCGCCCUUACCUACUAUCUUCCAUUCAGCCGAAAAGGAUCUAUUCUUUUCACAACCCGAAACCACAAACUUGGAUUAAGGCUGGUCGAGUCUGAAAAUCAUAUUAUCGCAGUUGAAGAAAUGAGCAAAGACGAGGCCCUUAAGCUAUUAGGGAAAAACCUAAAAGGUUCUCAGAUGAGCGACACAAGAAGCAACAAUGCGUUGCUAGAGUUUCUUGCUAACCUCCCUCUGGCAAAACGGCAGGCGUCUGCUUAUAUGGCCAAGGAGCAGAUCUCGACUGCGCGGUACCUCAAGCUGUGCAAGUCCAGUGAUGAGGAUAUGGUUAAGUUGUUGAGUAGUCACUUUGACGACCGACACCGAUAUAAGAACAUUCAAAAUGCUGUCGCCACAACUUGGCUGAUUUCGUUCCAGCAAAUCUCAGAUCACGACGCGCUGGCGGCUGACUACCUCAGAUUUCUGUGUUUUCUAGCCGGGAAGGAUAUUCCGCACUCCCUGUUGCCGCCGGCGGGGACGCUAGAGACAGUUGAAGCAAUCGGGACCCUGAAGGCGUAUGCAUUUAUCUCCCAACAGAAUGAGUCGGAUAGCUACGAUAUCCAUCGGCUAGUUCAGAUAUCGAUGCUGAGCUGGUUAGAUGGAAAGGGAGAGCGACAGGAAUGGACGGCCAAAGUGUUAGAACGGCUUAACGAUAUAUUUCCUUGGCCCAAACACGAAAACCGAGAAGAGUGGAUAAGGUAUCUUCCUCAUACGCUACAUGCUCUUCAACUACGGAAGAGAACAGAUGACGAGGAAGCGACAACAGGUCUUCUUUCCAAAGUGGGUGAGAGCUUUCGCAAUUUAGGGAAGUAUAAGGAGGCCGAGCAGAUGCAUCGGCAGGAGCUCCAGCUAAGAGAGAAGGUUUUGGGCAAGGAGCAUCCUGACACGCUCACCAGCAUGGACAACCUUGCGAUUGUGCUUGAUAGCCAGGGGAAGUAUGAGGAGGCCGAGCGGAUGCAUCGGCAGGCGCUGCAGCUAAGGGAGAAGGUGUUGGGCAAGGAGCAUCCCGACACGCUCACCAGCAUGGACAACCUUGCGCUUGUGCUUCAUAGCCAGGGGAAGUAUGAGGAGGCCGAGCAGAUGCAUCGGCAGGAGCUGCAGCUAUCGGAGAAGGUGUUGGGCAAGGAGCAUCCCGACACGCUCACCAGCAUGGACAACCUUGCGCUUGUGCUUGAUAGCCAGGGGAAGUAUGAGGAGGCCGAGCAGAUACAUCGGCAGGCGCUGCAGCUAAGGGAGAAGGUGUUGGGCAAGGAGCAUCCCGACACGCUCACCAGCAUGAACAACCUUGCGCUUGUGCUCGACAGCCAGGGGAAGUAUGAGGAGGCCGAGCAGAUGCAUCGGCAGGCGCUGCAGCUAUCUGAGAAGGUGUUGGGCAAGGAACAUCCCGACACGCUCACCAGCAUGAACAACCUUGCGCUUGUGCUUCGUAGCCAGGGGAAGUAUGAGGAGGCCGAGCAGAUGCAUCGGCAGGAGCUGCAGCUAAGAGAGAAGGUGUCGGAAAACAGAUGA